UCUGAAUUGUUCGACACUAGAUUAACGUUUGUGUCAAUUUUGAAAUCCAAGUCUCCUUCUAUUAUGACGUUGUGUCUAGUCUAGUCUAAAGUGCCGGCUUUUUGUUGAUGGAAAUUCGAUAAAAUUGUGCCAAUCAUACAAACAAACUCAUAUCCAAUGUAUACAACCACCCACUUUAUUUAAUAUUAUACCACCCUUACCGUUAUUCCAACACGAACCGUUCGAAUUUGUUAGCAUUUUUGUUCGACUUCGUCAUCGUCAACCCCGUCGUUGUUGACGUCGUCAUACAAUCGAUAAAACAUGUGACCAAAUGAAAUUUAAUAUUUUCUCUCUUCCAUCCAUAAAACAGGAAUCAUCUAACAACAAUUCUGGUAAACCGUAAAAAUUGUGUUCUGACCGCAAAAAUAUCUCAAAAAAGAAAAAAUUGUUUUAUAAACAAACAAACGGUAGUUAGGUAUACCUGAGUGUAAAGUAUAUAUAAGAAGUGUAAACGUGGCAUUUGUGGCGCCCCCUAUUUUCUAAUAUUUCUGUUUUCGUCCUCGUGUUCGCUGGGAAUUCGUUCGGAAUUCUUUGUUAAUGUUGUUGCUACAUUGACCUCUUCAGGAAAGUUGAAAUGUGCGGGUUUGUUGCCUAAGCUCGAAGUGAAUGUUUUUUAUCUUGUGGAUACAUAGAUAGAUAGAUACCUAUACGAGGGACGAGUACGAAUAUAAUAAAAGAGUUUUUGCUACGACCACGUUUUCAAAUUCGAGUUGGAUCUUCUUGUGCUAUAUCACAAAGGUCCUUGCCCUGUUGUGUAAACAGAUCUAAUUGGAUACGCUUUUGUCACCAUUCAAGAUACAAAAUCUUGUUAAAGUUCUACUCCUUGAUAUCCUGCAGCAUAUUAUAAUAACGUAAUGAGAUCAUAGCUGCUAAAAUAAGCCGCAUCAAUGUUGAGUAUCAUUACUGCAAGUAGAAAGCAGCGCUAUUUUUUUGCAACCAAUCGGCCUCGCUGAUGAAGAUGAUGGUUUGUUCAGCUAUAACAAAAACACAAAAACGAGUGGAUAAUAAUAAUAAUUGAAGGUUUCAUUCUAAUAAAAAAAAUACAUAAAAAACUAAGAACUAAUGCACCAUGGGAGCAACUUCAUCCUCUCGCACGGACGCCAGUUUACUUUCCGAUGAAGAUGUCAAUUUCGAUCAUUUUCAAAUUCUCAGAGCCAUCGGAAAGGGAAGCUUUGGCAAGGUUUGUAUCGUACAGAAACGUGAUUCUGGAAUAUUAUAUGCAAUGAAAUAUGUAAGUCGAGGAGCUUGUGAGAACCGCGGGGCUUUGGGUGGUGUUAUCAAAGAGGUUGAAUUACUUUCGUCAUUGGAGCAUCCUUUUUUGGUGAAUUUAUGGUUUUCUUUUCAAGAUGAGGAGGACUUAUUUAUGGUGAGUGACUUACUCACUGGAGGAGAUCUCAGAUAUCACCUUCAACAAAGGGUUGAAUUUUCUGAGGAAAGCGUUGCCUUAUUAAUAUGUGAACUUGGUUCAGCAUUAGAAUAUCUACAAAAACAAAGAGUAGUACAUAGGGAUAUCAAACCAGACAAUAUUCUUCUGGAUGAUGCUGGUCACGCACAUUUGACUGAUUUUAACAUAGCGACGAAACUGCAAAAGGACGGAAUGGCUUGUAGUAUGUCAGGGACCAAACCCUAUAUGGCGCCAGAGAUCUUUAUGUGCGCUUUGGAUGAAAUCGCUGGUUACAGUUUUCCGGUCGAUUGGUGGUCAUUGGGUGUUGUGGGAUACGAAAUGAGAUCUGGCUCCCGGCCUUUUAUCGUUCACUCAAAUACACCACUAACUGAAGUAAAACAUAUCCUGCAUAGUCCUCUGCAUUAUCCAAGGCAUUGGAAUAGCAGUUUAGUUGACCUACUUACUAAGCUCCUUUGCGUUCAUCCUGGUGGUCGAAUAAGCUCCCAACAAGAACUCCAACAAACUCCACUGCUGCGACAAAUUGACUUCAAAAAAAUCCUAGAAAAGAAAGCCAAACCACCGUUUAAGCCACCUGAAGACCAUCUUAAUUGCGAUCCUUGUCUGGAAUUAGAAGAGAUGAUUGUCGAGACCAGACCUUUGCACAAAAAGAAGAAGCGUCUAGCUAAACAGCGUUCCGCUCAACGAGAUAGUGAUCCAGAAACAAUCUUAGUCAAGGAGUUCAUAGUCUACAAUCGUUAUAAGGAACUAAAACGAAAAGCUAUGGAGAAGAAAGAAAACGACUGGCAAAAGGAACUCGAAUUGGCAAUGGCCAAUUCCAUUGUCAACAGUUUGGCUCCAAUAAAAGAACGUGAAGUACCCUCAUGUUCGAAGGAACAACCAGAAAGCUUGGACUACAUUGAUAGGACCCCUUCGCCAAAAACCUCAUCAAAUCCAUAAUAGGCACAAAAAUUGUAGAUAUUUAUUUUAUUUAUUUAGUUUUUACUUAAGAAAGAAUUUUAAACUGCACUUUAAUGUAGAUUUGUAAAAAUGGACCACAAAAAUUAAAAAACAAAAUCAAAUCAUGUAGUUAAGUUUAAAUUGGAGUAUAAAAUCAAUGUUAUAAAUGACAAAUUUUUAAAGUUAACAUAAGUUUAUAAAGUAGAUACCUUUGUAUAAGCCCAAAUUGUUUAUAGGAAAAUUUAUAAGAAUUUUUCAGGGAACAGGAUUUCAUCUCAAUUGUAAAUUACAAUAAAUUAGAAAUGGAUGCGUUCCAAAAAAAUUUGUUAAUUCUAAAAAUAAGCUAAUUUCUUUUUUACCUACAUAUAUAUAUUUAUAUAAUAAGGAAGAUAUCACUGUUAAAUGUACCUUAGAAUCAGAUGGGUGUAAAUAUUGGUAUAGUUUAUUUAAGAACGUAAAUAAUAUGAUAUGUAGUUGUAGUGCAUGCAUGAACAAUUUCGUCUUUAUAAAUUCUAUUAAUUACUAUGUAAGAUCAAAACAAUUAGGACUAAAAGAAUUUAUUUUAAAUUAGACAAAAUUUAUAAUAGAGAUGAAUAUAAAACAAAUAAAAUUGUCAGCACUUAUUAUAACUCGUAACUAUAUUUUCAUAAGAAAUAUGUAUUCAUAUUGUCACCACCAGCUGUAUUAUUAUAAUUAUUACAUUUG